AUGCCUUUGCUUACUGAACCCUUUCAAACGUCCGAGACUGUCAUCGACCACACACAAAGCCUGCAUAAAGCAGAAUCAUCUAAGCAGCCAAUUAUCUCGACAAAAGAUCUCGACAACACCGCGCAAGAAAUUCAGGAGCUUAGGUCGGAUACUGCCUCGAUCCGAAGCCCACAGUCCAACGGAAGUUGGAGAUGCAACUUUCCUGUGUCGAUGACCGACGGAUCAUCAGGAACGGCGUCAUCCUCAUUUCAUGUAUCGUUUCCAGACCACGAGUUCAUCUCGACCGUAUGUCGUGAGCGCGGGUAUGCAGUCGCCGCUGUGAUGAAAGUGGGCUGGUCGCUCGUCCUUCAUGCAUACACCGGAGCUGAGAGAGUCUGUUUUGGCUAUGCGUCUCACGAAGAAAGCCCAUCCAUGUUUGGCUUGGAUCUUGCACGCGCCAAAACGCCUGCAGAACUUAUAGAUCAGGUGCAAAGAGCCCAAGAACCAGGACAUUCUUUGCAACCAUCUAAGCAGUUGGAAAGUGUAUGCGACACAAGCUUGGCAGUCACGGAUGGAGAUAGCCCUAUCAUUACAGACGCGUCUGUCCAAACUUCUGAGGUCGUUUCUGCAGAAGUCAGUAUACGGGAGUCGGAGAUCAUCUUAGACCUCAAUUAUAAUCCAGCUCUGGUGUCUGUCGAUUUGGCCCAGGGUGUUUCGCGCACGUUCCAAACAAUCCUUCGGUCAAUUCUCACAUACCCAAGCCAGUCACUUUCUGAUGUUGAAAAGCUCAGUGAGCAGGACAAGUUGCAAAUCCUACAGUGGAACGAGAACGUGCCGCCAACCCUCAACCAGAAGCUUCACGACGCCUUCACUGAAAAGGCCUUGGAUAAUCCGGAUGCACCGGCCAUAUCCUCUUUGGAGGGAGAAUGGACUUACCUUGAGCUUGAUAUGGUUCUGUCUUGCUUUGAAAAAUCGCGCAAUGGCAUCCUCUCAGUGCUUGCAAUUUUGAAAGCGGGAUUCACAUGCGUCCCCGUGAAUCCAAGCUGCAAUGAAGCGUUCCUCAGCCAGGUGGUCGGGGACGUCAACCCUCAGGUCGUGUGUGUUUCUGCCGCGCAGGCGCAUCGAUUUGCCGGCUUCGACGGGACUGUGGUGGUUGUCGAUGCGGAAUUGCUGGACCGCCUUGGAACGUGCAAGCAAACGUUGAAAUUCGUUAGGCGACCUAACAACGAUAUUGCCUUUAUACAAUAUACCGCUGGGGUGACCGGGCCGCCUAAAGGUGUGAUUCAAGGACACGCAGGUCUGUAUACGGGAAUCCUUGCGCAGGGUCAGGCGAUGGGGUAUGACAUCGAUUCAAGGAUAUUGCAUUCGGCUGCGUAUAGCACAUCAGCAGGGAUUGCCGAAGUGUUUGGGGCCUUUUUCUACGGCGGCUGUGUGGUCAUCCUACCCGAACAGGGAAGCGCUGAGAGCGUGGCUGAUAUGAUCAAUGAGCAAGAAGUCACGCAUGCAUGCUUCACGCCUACCGAAGUCAGGGAAUUGGACCCCACAGAUCUUUGGCAACUCGGCGCCAUCGCGCUAGGUGGUGAAAUGUUGACUCAGGAGGAUGUCGACAAAUGGGGCUUGGAAAUGGCGUUGAUCAAGACAUAUGGGACCACGGAGACAUCGGUCUACAUAUCCACAUCCAAAGCCCCUUCGCUCUAUGUCUUCGAUCCUUCAAAUAUUGGGGCUCCCUUUGUCGCUUCAAUGUGGGUAGUCGAGCAGGGAAACGUCCAGAAACUGGCGCCCAUCGGGGCUGUGGCUGGGCACCCUCUGCGAAUGACGGAGAUGCUCAGCGCUUUUUUUGCCACGGGUGAUCUCGUGAGGCAUCUCGGGAAUGGCGAGCUUGCCUUUUGCGGGCGGAAGGAAGGCACGGAAUACAAUAAAACAGAAUACGACAGCUCCGCUACGCACGCCGAUCCAGAUAUUCUGCCUUUCAGCCUCAUCAACUCAGUUGAAUCUACAGAAGAGGCUCUGGCAACAGCUGCGGCCUCAUGUCACGUCAGCUCUGACAUGAUUGAGGACAUCUACCCUAGCACUCCCAUUCAAGAGAGUCUGUUUGCUUUGUCAAACAAGCAGUCCGGGGCUUUCUUGAAACAACACAUCUUUGAACUCCCCACGAAUUUGGACCUUGGCCGGUUCCGCAGUGCUUGGGCACAUGCAAUUCAACAUUCCCCAAUCUUGAGAACGAGGCUGGUCAUGACAAGUUCGUCUCACCUUCUGCAAGUUGUUGUCAAGGAAGCGCCAGUCUGUCAAGAUGUCUCCGAUUUGGGGUCAUACUUGAGACAGGAUCAGGCAAGCCCGAUGCUUUGGGGGUCACCUCUAUUUCGAUACGCAACCACCACGGCGCCUGACCAGAAACCACAUUUGGUGGUAACUAUGCACCAUGCACUCUACGACGGCUGGACGCUAGAUUUGAUUUUCGACCGCGUCAAGGAGUACUUUGAAGGAAGCCCUGUAACAAGUGGAAUUCCAUUCAAUUCAUUUGUCAAAUAUGUUCAGGGACUCGAUCGCGAAAGCAUCUGUCGGUUCUGGACAAAGCAGCUGGACAAUGCGUGCGCCACCUUGUUCCCAGUUCUGCCAACUCCAACCUAUCUCCCCACUCCCAACGAUACAUACAUGCAGAAACUGAGCUUCCAACGAGCUGCAGGCUCAUCGAUCACGGCUUCUACGUUUGUAAGAGCUGCGUGGGCCUUGACAAUUGCCAGAUAUGCGGACUUGGACGAUAUCACUUUUGGGUCGACUGUUUCUGGUCGAGCUGCACCAAUCCCUGGCAUUGCUACCAUGCUGGGCCCAACCAUUGCCACUGUUCCGGUUCGUGUUCGUGUGCCCAAGGAUUGCAAGCUGGGAGAUUUCCUUCAGCAUGUGCAAGACCAAUCAACAAUGACCAUCCCAUUUGAGCAAGCUGGAAUGUACCAAAUUAAGCAGCUAACCGCUGGUACGCAAAACGCCUGCUCCUUCCAGACGGCGCUUGUGGUUCAGCCGCUAGCUGCAGCCCCUGGAUUGGAAACUCUCGGAUGCCGUCGCGUGAACGAGAUGUACGACUCCUAUCAGCCUUACGCCCUGACCAUUGAAGUGGGCCUGCAGGAGAGUGGGGGCCUGGCCAGGGUCCUCUUUGACAACAAAGUAGUUGACCAGCCUCAGGUGCGGCGUAUCAUGGCCAUGUUCAACAAGACUCUGCAGAGUAUCAGUAUGGGAAGCUCGAAUGUCGUCCUUGAUGACCUCGCAACCAUCACUACCGAUGACAUCGAGGAACUGAAACUCUGGAACACAACGCCUCCGGAUCCAGUCGUGGAAUGCGUGCAUCAUGCUUUCGAGAAACACGUCGCAAUGAAUCCAGCCGCCCCGGCAGUAGCAUCUUGGGAUGGAGACCUUACAUAUAGUCAGCUGGACGCUUUGUCUAGUAGACUGGCAGACCAUCUCCUCGGUCUCGGCGUUACGCUCGAAAUGGUAGUACCGCUUUGCUUCGAUAAGUCCAAGUGGGUGAUUGUCUCCAUGUUAGCCGUUCUCAAGGCUGGAGGCGCUUGUUUGACUCUUGAUGUCUCUCACCCACCUGAUCGUCUGCGGGGCAUGGUCGAAGCUGUGGAUGGCAAGAUCAUGCUCGUUGCAGAAGCGCAUCGCUCCAAAUUCAUCGAGACAGUUGAUCAAAUCAUCAUAGUCGAUGAAACGCUGUUUGAGACGCUUGGCAAUAAAACUGGCAGACACUGUGAGACGGUAAAGCCAAACAACCGCGGAUUCAUUGUCUUCACUUCUGGAUCGACCGGAAAGCCCAAGGGAAUUGAACUUGAACACCAAAGCGUCUGCACCAGCUCCCGCGGCCAUGCAGGAGUGUUUAAUAUUGGGCCUGGCUCCCGUUGUCUCCAAUUUUCUGCAUUUGCUUUUGACGUCCAUAUUUCUGAUAUCUUUACUCCUUUGAUGUAUGGUGCAUGCUGUUGCAUUCCUUCCGAAGAAGACCGCAUGGGCAAUCUGCCUCAAGCCAUCAACAGUCUCAAAGCGGACAGCGUCUAUAUUACUCCGACAGUGGCGACUCUAUUCACGCCCGACGAUGUGCCUGGUUUGAAAAAGGUGGCUCUUGGUGGAGAGCCGCUGACAACGGAAAAUGCUCGUCUGUGGGGUGGGCGAGUCUUCCUGAUCAAUGUGUUCGGUCCAUCGGAGACCUCGAAUUGGGUCACCUACCAGCAUGUGCGCGCAGACACACAACAGCCAUCCAAUAUUGGACCGGGUGUCGAUGUAAAUACCUGGCUCGUGGAUCGACACAACGACUCUCGAUUGGCUCCAAUUGGCUGCGUCGGAGAACUUUUCGUUGAAGGACCUAUUCUGGCCCGCGGCUACUUGAAUGAUCAGGAGAAAACCAAUGCAUCAUUUGUGGUAGAUCCUCCGUGGCUACCUGGUCCAUCAGCCUCGCCGAGACGCAUGUAUCGGACCGGUGAUCUGGUUCGAUAUAAUAGCGAUGGCACCUUCGUUUAUGUCGGUCGACAGGACACACAGAUCAAAAUCCGUGGCCAGCGACUGGAGCUUGCGGAGGUGAACCACCGCUUGAUGGAAAUCCCCGAGGUCAAGACGUGUCUGGCGGUACUACCAAAGAUUGGAUUGUGUCAAGGGCGAUGCGUUGUUGUUCUCUCCCUUCGGAAAUUCUGGAAAGAUGGGGGCGGAUUAAUGCGCAUGGUUGAUCAAUCUCUUCGCGCUGCAGUAUCUACUCAACUUGCAGAUAUUCGUGAUUGUCUUACGGAGACACUGGCUGUGUGGAUGAUCCCGACAUUGUGGAUUGUUGUGGAAGACCUGCCCACCAAUGCGAGUGGCAAGUUGGACCGCAACGGAAUACGGGCAUUUGUGGACAAUCUAGACGAAGAAACUUUCCAGCGAGCAUCGGACCUCCUUGUCGACAGCCAUUUCCAGGAGCCUCAGACUCCGAUGGAAGUCUUGUUGCAAAGAAUUUGGAGCUCAGUUCUCAAGCUUCCUAUCGACCAGAUAAGUGCUACGGCCUCCUUUUUGCGCCUUGGAGGAGACUCGAUCACGGCCAUGCAAGUCAUGUCCAAGUGCAGGGUUGAAGGCGUGUUUCUGUCGGUCCAUGAUAUUCUCGUCAGCAAAACCAUCUCGGAGCUGGCAAGGCUUGCAACUUCGUCAUCAGAGGCAGCAAAGUCGACCAGCGAGCUUGAAAAACAAGUUGCCGCAGAUAUCCCUCUCAAUACCAGAAACUCCUCCCAGGAUGGAAUUGCAACGGAAGGUUUGUAUGACACGAUUCUCAGUCAAGCUUGGUUGAAAGCAUCAAGCAUCGAAAAAGUUGUGCUGGCUUCCGACUAUCAAGUUUCGGCAUUAGAGCAGAUGCUGCUGAACUUCCGCGGUGACCUGACUUACCACACGUUCGAUAUCCCGAAGCCUGUGAACUUCAACCGACUGGCCUUGUCUUGCGUUGAAAUUGUUAACCGCCAUCCUCUGCUGCGUAGUGUCUUCGUUUGCCAUGAGCACCAGGUCUAUCAGGUCACCAUGAAGUCGAGUUUCGUGGACAUGACAGACCGACUGGACCAGCCAGAUCCUACAGCUUUGAUAGAGCAGGAUCGAAACAAAAAGUUCUCGCUUGGGCAGCCCAUGGUCUGGUUUAAACUUGCUCGAAGCGGUGUUUCGCAUGAUUGUGACUCACUUGUUAUACGACUUCCUCAUUGCUUGUACGACGCUUCCACUCGGGCCUGCUUGGUUGCCGACCUGCAGCAAGCAUAUUCCAGCACCCAGGCCCUUGGACAACCCCUUGAUACUCGGCAGUAUUUCAAUUUCCGAGACUACAUUCGUCCUACGGCCUUGGCAUAUUGGGAGCAGUAUCUUCAAGGCAGCACUGCCACCCAGAUCGUGGCAAAACCGCGGCCUCGCUUCCGACACGGAAGACAGCACACCCUGUCCUCGAGGGUCCACAUGCAAUCGUUGAAAAGCCAUGGCAUCACUUCUGCAACGGUAGUUAAGGCUGCCUGGGGAUUUGUCUUGGCUGAGCUCUGUGGGCAAGAUGAUGUUGUGUUCGGCGAGCUUGUGGCGGGCCGCGGCCUUCCUGUUGCAGGAAUCGACUCGCUCGAUAUUGUCUGUGCAUCGACAGUCCCGCUGCGAAUACAGCUAAGUUCUUCAUGGGAGGUGCUUGACCUUCUUCAGGAUGUUCAGGAACGUCAUCUAGCCAGCAUGCCCUUUGAGUCCGUAGGAGAAGCGUCGAUUGUCAAAGAAUGUACUUCAUGGCCACGAUGGAUCCGCUUCGGUUCAGUACUCAACCAUUCCCAGUCACCGAUUGCGGAGAAUACUGAAGGCAAAGCACUUUGGGAUACUGGCAUUCACGGGCAUUUGAACCCGAGCUCGGAUCUUAAUAUCCAGUGCCAUCCUAUGCCUGUUGAUUUGGAAUCGGACUCCAACUUCCUGGUCAAUAUCACCUUCGAUAUGGAUUAUAUCGCACCCACGUUUGUGGCCGACAUUAUGGACCGAUUCUGCAGUACGAUCCAUGGUUUCAUCGCGAAUGUGACAGCAAGUCUCAGCGGAAUGAGACAAGGACCGAUUGGAGGCCGCACUCUACCGCUUCCAUUCAGCAAUGGCCCCAUUAAUGUAGUGGAGAUGGCGCCAUCGGAUGCCGUGAAGUAUGAGCAGACAUUGACUAAGGCUCAGUCUGUUUGGAAAACAGUCAUCGGUGAGAGUGAUGAAAUGGAUACGCCUUUCUUCUCUCGCUGGGGAAGUCUUAUAGCUGCGGCUCAUUUUGUUACAGCUUAUCGAAAAGUUGGGAUUGAGCUAACUAUGGAGGAGGUCCUGGAAGCCCCGACCAUGCGAGGCCAAGUUCUUCUAUGCGCAAACAGAUGA